CAAUUUACAAACUGCACCUCUAUCACUCUAUGGAGAUUUUUCCACCUUUUCGUAACCUAACCAAUAUUUCAUAUUGUCAUUCUUCUUGUCUCACCCCCCUGUUUCCUCCCUCUUCCCCUCUUCAACAGGGUGAGUCGUGGAUGGGAGGAGAUGAUGAGCCGCUGACUGGCUUCACUUGGAGAGGAGGCUGCGAGAGGGAGACCACAGGAAUUCAGAUCUGGAGCGAAGUGUUUGUGGUCGACAAGCCUGAUGGCAACAAGGUUGCUGUGCUGCUCGUUGACACUCAGGGAGCGUUUGACAGCCAGUCCACCAUAAAGGACUGUGCCACUGUGUUCGCCCUCAGCACCAUGACCAGCUCUGUGCAGGUGUACAAUCUCUCCCAGAACAUACAGGAGGACGACUUGCAGCAUCUGCAGCUCUUCACAGAAUAUGGCCGCCUGGCAAUGGAAGAGAUCUGCCUGAAACCUUUCCAGUCCCUGAUGUUCCUGAUUCGGGACUGGUGUUAUCCUUAUGAACACGGCUACGGACUGGAAGGUGGAAACCAAUUCCUGGAUAGAAGACUACAGGUGAAACAGAACCAACAUGAAGAGCUGCAGAACGUGAGGAAGCACAUCCACUCCUGCUUCUCCAACAUCGGCUGCUUCCUGCUGCCUCAUCCCGGCCUCAAGGUGGCCAUCAACCCCUGCUUUGACGGCAGGCUGAAAGACAUCGAUGGGGAUUUCAAGAUGGAGCUGGCCAGGCUGGUUCCUCUCCUGCUGGCCCCCGAGCGUCUGGUGGAGAAGGAGAUCGGAGGAAACAAAGUCACCUGCAGAGAUCUCCUGGAGUACUUCAAGGCUUACAUAAAGAUCUACCAAGGGGAGGAGCUGCCUCACCCAAAGUCCAUGCUGCAGGCGACAGCAGAAGCCAACAACCUGACUGCUGUGGCAGGAGCCAAAGACAUGUACGCCAGGAACAUGGAGCAGGUCUGCGGUGGGGACAAGCCGUACCUCGCCCCAACAGACCUGGAGCGUUUCCACGUGGACUUUCGCGAGCACUCGGUGCGUCACUUCCGCUCCGUGAAGAAAAUGGGCGGCGAGGAGUUCUGCCAGCGCUACCAGAACCAGCUGGAGGGCGAGCUGGACCAGACCUUCUCCAACUUCACCAAGCACAACGACGGCAAGAACAUCUUCUACACGGCACGCACGCCCGCCACGCUCUUCGCCGUCAUGUUUGUCACCUACCUGGUCUCCGGGGUGACGGGCUUCAUCGGCCUCAGCACCUUGGCGGCGCUGGCUAACCUGGCGAUGGGCGUGGCGCUGCUGUCGCUGUGCGCCUGGGCGUACGUGAAGUACAGCGGAGAGUUCAGGGAGGUGGGGACGCUGAUAGACCUGGUGGCAGAGACCCUCUGGGAACAGGUUUUGAAGCCGCUCAGUGAACAUUAUAUGGAAGACACCGUCAGACAGACGGUGGUUAACUCUAUCAAAGCCAGUUUCACAGAAUCGGGCUCGCAGCACACAAAGUUAAAGACUCACUGACGCUCUUCCUCCUCCUCCUCCUCAUCUCCCCCGCCAUGUGCACAACCCACUCGCUCAAUGUGAUCAAACCUAGAACUGUGGAACUAGUUCAACACCAAAGCUGACUCUCUUUUAGCCCCUUCCCCAAAAAGUCCUCCAUCAUCUCAUCGCUGCCACCGUCUCUAUUUGCUGGACCUGAUGCUCUCUGUCUGCUCUACAUCGCCCCCCAGUGCCUCAGAGCAGACGCUGCACCUUUAAUAUUAAGAGGACCGAGCAGAGAAUCCUCUCGCCAAAUCAGGACCUGAAGGCAUCUCCUCCGGUGUGCCAUGCUGUAUUCAGAAUUGAGCUGUAAUUCAGGGAAAACUGACAACGCCGUGGGCAGCUGUAAUCAACAAACGGAUGCAAAAUGAAACGUUUUUGUGCAUUUAAUCAUUUUUGUUGUCUUACAGGCGAGAGCUCGAUUUACUCCAUUCUGUUUAUUAACGCAUCCUACAAGCACAAGUAACUUAGCGACUAAUAAUGAGCUGACUGACGUGUGCAUUUUAUUAUUUGAUUCAGUAAAAUCAGGAAACAGAUUUUAUUGAUUCUGCAUAAGUGGAAGUAAAUGUAAAGUCAUGUUAUGUACAAUCUAGAGAGGCAUGAACAGUCAUGUCUGUCCUCAGAAGAGUGCACAAAUGAAACAAAGCUCUUUAUUACUUAAUUUGACUUAUAAGUACUUCCGGUUGCUUCUGUCUCUCUUUCUCUAUUUUCUGAUUGUAAUCCUGAAGAGAACUGUAGGAAGCUGCGAGCCGCUCAGCUGAUUUUGACGUGUUUUUAAUUGUAGGACUGACGUGUUUUAUCUGGCCUUUAGUGUCCCGCAGCGGACCGCCAGUGUUUGACUCUGCAUGGUGUUAGGAGCUACUCUGUCGUAGCGCUAAACUAGCUAAGAGCUUUUAGGCUGCCAGGGAGUACCGACAUGUUGAACCAUUUCAUGAAAGCUGCACUAGCUCUAAAUGUUUCUCGUUGCAUUUUAAGGACUUUGAAGCCUUUCUUUUACUUCCAGGGAGUUAAAUAAAUAUAUUUUGGAUAAUAUGCUUAUUUGCUUCCCUGUCACAGUUAGGUGUGAUUAUUGAAGCUGCUUAUAUGUUGGAUUGAAAAUAAAACUGCAGCCAAAAGCUAAUGCUGUUAGCUUAACAGGGUGAAACUUUCGAAAUUAAAUAAAUUGGCCUGUACCAGCACAUCCAAAGCUCGACAAUCCACAAUAUAUGUCCUGUCAGUUGAAUUUACCAUUUUAAAUGUGUUAAGUAAGCUUUUAGAUGUGUUGGUUGACCAUGUUUUACUUCUUUCUUUUGAGCAUGCUAGCCGUUUCACCUUAAUGCUAAGCUAACUAGCUGCAGUUUCACAUUUACCUGACAGACACAAGACUAGUAUCAAUCUUCUCAUGUUACUCAGGAACAAAGUGAUGAGUUUAUACUGCAAACAUUGUGAACUAUUCCUGUAACCGACGAGUUAAGAUUGUAUCCACUGCCUUUGUCUCGCCUUCUGGAGUCGGAUGAAUAUUUCGACUUCAACAAUACUGAUAAAAAUAGACCUGGACCCAUCUUUAUUUCUGACUUCUUUCUCAGCGCUUUUCGUUGAUUCCAUCCACAUUUCUGUACAGUCUCUCUCUUUCUGUGAUCACAUAGUACAAAUCGGGCAUGUAUAUGUUGGAUUAAAUAUUUAAAUAAACUUUGUAUACAUUUUAUAGUUAAAUCAGUUGAAUCAGAAUGGCUGUUUUUUCCUUGAUCAACCUAACACCAGUCUGUGGUUUAAGAUGGAUAAGUUGCUGCUGUAGUCGGGUUUACAUAGUUUAUCUCCUUUUCGUGAGGGCGGUGUGAAUAUUUGGAUUCUGAUAGGAAAAUGUUUUGAUUGUGGCGAGUGGCUCGGAGACAAUGUCUGUCUGCCUUUUAAAGAUGUCUCCGGUAAUUUAUUUUUGAAUAAAAUGUUUACCUUAAGAAUAAAUCAUCAAUUGGG